GCACCCUGACCAGGACUGGGAAUUGAGCUUGCAACCAAGGUACAUGCCCUUGACCAGACUCAAAUCCAGGACUCUUCAGUCCAUGGGCCAACACUAACCACUGAGCCAAACCUGCUAGGGCUAAAGAGGUUGGUUUUGAUCCCCACUAAUGACCCAUCUGUGACUUGCCUGCCUGGCUGAGGUGGAGGUUCCUGUGUGGGUGCUGUGGCCUGGCAUUACAGCAGAGCCCCCCAGAGAGGGCAGCCCCCAAAACUGCCAUGCCACUCCUGAAUCAUGUGACUGACACUGUGCAGAGAUGGGACGGGUGGGGAUGUGUAAGGAGGUAGAUGCAGGAGCAGUUGGGAUUAGAUGGGCUGUGCUUGGGGCCCCUAUGAUGUCUAGCACUGGGCUCUGACCUCUCAUGAGGACACUGUGCCCCCUGGGACCUUUGACACCCAGGGGUCUGAGGGGCCCCAGCUCCAGGGAUGUUUCUCACACCUGGUGCCCCUGUGUCCCUGCCUGCAGCUCCUUUAGUAGCACCCCUUGGGCUUCCUGCUGUUUUCCCUCCAGGGCAGCUGUGACCAUGGCCGAGAACAAGAUGGGGCUGGCACACCGCUACUACACAUUCACUGAGCUCCUGGCCAUUGCACAGCACUUCAAGUAGAAGCCCGACGAGCACAUGAUCGCCUCGAUCCUGCAGGUGUAUGACCAAGGCGGCUUGGCCCUGGCCCUAAAUUCCCAGGAGCUGGCACUGCUGGGUGUCCUGACCAGCGACACCAUCUUCAACUGCUUCUGCAAGCGUUUGUGGGGCAGCCGCAAGGCGCUACUCACCUGGCUGCUGCUGGCCUGGCGCCAGUGCUGGCCGUCCAUCCUGCACAUUGGGAUGCCCUCUCUGUCCUGUGUCGUCAUGGGGCAGUGCAUCCUGCUGGUGCGCCAGAUGGGCAUGCUGGAGUGGAUCUACCAUGAGCCUGCAUCUGAGCAGGCACCAAAGCCUACACCCGAGGACAUGCCCUUCACACAGAACCUGCAUCAGCACCUGCUGACCCAGGCCAUGCCCCAUUUGCAGCAGUCGCUGGUCAGCUUGCCACUCAAGGACAUGACAGUGCUGAAGGUGGUGAUGGCGAUUUCAGGGCUGAGACCCUGAGCUAGCUCCUGAGCCAUGGCGUGUCCAAGGAGAAGGUGGGCAAGCAGUCCACCAGUCCAUCAAGGAGGCCACACGUAGCCACAGCCUCCCAACCUCAAGGCUGGAGGAAAAGCAGCACCGGCCUCCCCCCUACUCCAUCAAGACCUGAGGGUAGGAGCUGGGCCCUCGGAGAGGGGGGAGAUGAAAAGUCCCGUGAGGGACUGCCCCAAGCACAGGCGCACACAGUAAGUCACGGAAGCUGGUACAGCAGGUGAGCACACAUGUUGGGGUCCAGGGUCAGCAGUGGGGAAGGGGUGCCCAGUUUCACAGCUCACACAGGGUCUCCCCAGGCCCGCAGGCAGCCGGGUCUCCAGGCCAGCAGGCCCAGCCCUAUGCAGAGCGCCGCCAGCAUGGCCACAGCCCCAGCCAACAAGGGCACCACAGUGGCUGCAAGGAGAACAUGAGGGGUGAGUCUCAGGACUUGAACCCUCCUAUUCCCACCCCAGCACCAAGGGCCUCACCCGUGGGAGUGGUAGGCUCAUGGGUGCCAUUGCAGGGGACCCCGUGAGCUGGAGGCCAGGCCGGGGCGGUCAGCUGGCGGAAGCGGCCUAGUGGGCAGGGGGCUGGGCACCUGGGGAGGCUGAGGCUCAGGGGCAGGCCAGUGGAGUCGUUGCGGUAGAAGAGGGAGAUGGUGACGUUCCUGCAGAGAGAGGAGGCGUGGCAGCAAGGCUCCUCACCUCCCCUGCCUCUGACCUCAAAUCUAGACAAGCAUCUGAAUGGAGGAGCUGGGCUCCUGGCCACCCGUCAACCUCCUGAUGGCCUUCCUGGCCAACUCCCCCUCCAGGCCGGUGCCUGGGCGGCCCUCUGCCUGCCACCAUCCCUCCUCUUGAGAGCUCUGCCCGCCCGUUCCCAGGCGCCACCCCUCCUCACCCUGCAUCUUCGUCAUCAUCAUCAUCAUCAUCGAGGUCCCCCAGGCGCCUCUGGAACUCGAAGCCCAGGCAGGCAGCAUAGGGCGGGGUGUGCUCAUCAUAGAGGCAUCCAGCUGCCUCCCAGAUGUCCCCAGGCUCCUUAGGAACCCAGCCCCCAAAGCUGCUCACCCUGAAGGCAGUCCCACUGGGUACAGGGAAUCAUUUAAUAAAGAUUAGUCAAAUGGC